AUGGAAGCAACGACGGCGUGGGAAGCGCUGGCGACGGCGAAGGAGGCGGCGCGCCUCGCGGGUAAGCACAUGCGCCUGCACCUGGGCACGGAAGCGGUCUCGAAGAGCAACAAGGACGACCUCGUUACGGUCGUCGACAAGCAGUGCCAGGAGCUCAUUGCGACCCAUGUGGCCCGCAAGCACCCGACGCACCGCCUGCUUGGCGAGGAAGACGUGGCCGCCGGCAGUGACGCGUCGCGCGCUGCGAUUGCCGCCAUGGACGGCGCCGAAUGGCUUUGGGUCGUGGACCCGAUCGAUGGCACGACCAACUUUGUGCACGCGCGUCCUGCUAGCGUCGUCUCGGUCGCCGUCGCGUUCCGUGGCCAAGUGGUCGUCGGUGUCAUCUACGAUCCGUACCGCGACGAGCUCUUUAGUGCGAUGCGUGGCCAUGGCGCGUACUUGAACGAUGUUGCGAUCCAUGUGAGCCAAAAAGAAACGCAAUUCGAGCAGGCGCUCGUCGGCUUUGGCAUUGGCACCAAGCCCAGCGUGCGCUUGCCGAUGCUGGACGUCAUCCAUCACUUCUCCAACACGUGUCGUGGGCUGCGUCUGCAGGGCGCGGCCGCCUUGGAGCUCGCGUGGACGAGCUGCGGUCGCCAAACGGGCUUUUAUGAGCUCGACUUGAACUCGUGGGACGUGGCGGCGGGCUCGCUGCUUGUCACGGAAGCCGGUGGUGCGGUCACGGACUCGGUCGGCGGCGCGUUCAACCUCCACACGCGCCACAUCGUCGCGUCCAACGGCCACAUCCACAAUGACCUCCUGAGGUGCAUUGCCGAGGCCAACGCGACGCGUCCGCGCUAA